AUGCUAGAAGGAAUGCGAGAGAUGUGCGACGCCUGCCGAACGACCAUCUUCAACUUCCACUGGGUCUGCGAAGCGUGCGGGUUCAUGGCCUGCAGCGAUUGCGUCGCGGACCGCAGGGGGACCGAGGGCGAGGGCGAGGACUGGGCGCCGUGCAAGGGGCAAGGGGGGCAAGGGGGGCACCGGCCGGAUGGGCUUCGACCCGUGCAGCUCGUGCCGUUCGGGGAGAUCUUCACCGAGGUGUCGCGUAGAUUCCACGAGUUGAGGGAGAGGCUGCAGCCUGGGUUGAGGUGUCCGUGCAAGAGGAAGGGAAAAGGCGUUAAUGAAGUCAACGAGCUCUGCAAUAUCGAGAAGCAACCCGCAUCCUUAGGGGAAGAUGAUUCUGCAAAAACCAUUAGCAAUAUGUUCUCACGGGUGCCUCACACUUGGCUGUGUGGAGAGAAACUUCUCUGCCUCGAGGAUCCCAAACAUGCCGAUAACCAAAGCAUUUUCGAGAUUCAGUGGUCGAAGGGACAUCCUGUGACCGUGGCCGAUGUCCACACUCUCCUCAAUAUGGAUCUCUGGACGCCGGCUUCAAUCUCCAAGGAAUUUGGCGAUAGGGAAGAUAGAAUUGUGAAUUGCCGCAACGGCGAGGUCGUCAUAGGAAAACCCCUCAGCGCCUUCUGGGCCGGAUUUCAGGAUCUCAACGAACAGCUCGAGGACGAAACAGGGGAGAAGAUGCCCCUGAAGCUGGUGGACUGGCCCCCCGAUAAGGAUCUCAAGGAACUGAGUCCGUCCCGCUUCCGCGAUCUCGUGAGGUCCCUGCCUCUGUCCGAAUACACGAGGCGAGAGGGAGUGCUGAAUUUGAUCUCGCGUCUGCCGGACGCCUUCGUGGAACCCGAUCUCGGGCCGAAGAUGUACAUCGCGUACGGGAGCGGGGGAGGAGCGGUCGGCACGACGAAGCUACACCUGGACAUGGCGGAUGCCAUCAACGUCAUGGUUCACGUCGGGAUGCCGCGAGGUGCAGACCGGAGGCAGCUCGAGAGAGGUGCGUUGAAGGCCGCGAGGGAGGGAGGGUGCGAUCGGGCGACGCUGGAGAGGCUGAGGAGGAAAGGGGUCGUCCCCGGGGCGCUCUGGCACGUUUAUCACGCCGAUGACGUCCGCAAGAUCCGGGACUUCCUCGCGAGAAUCUCCAAGGAAAAGGGGGAGGAGACCGGGAGGAACAGGGACCCGAUCCACGACGGGUUGACGUACCUCGAUGCACCCUUGAGACGUCGGCUCCGCGAGGAGUACGGGGUCAAGGGGUACGCGAUCGCUCAGUGCCUUGGAGAUGCCAUCUUGAUCCCCGCUGGGGCUCCGCAUCAGGUGCAGAAUCUGUUGAACUGCAUGAAGGUCGCGGAGGACUUCGUGUCGCCGCAGAACGUGCGGCAUUGCCUUCGUCUCACUCAGGAGUUCCGUCGUCUGUCGGAUCAAAAUUCCUACCACGAAGAUAAGCUGCAGAUGAAGAACGUUCUUUAUCAUGCCAUGAAGGACGCGAUUGCUUGCCUCUCCGAUGGUUAAAUGACCCUAAACGACAGUGAGAAAGUUGCUGCCGGGAACAUGGGACAUUGGGCGAAGAAGUCAUGCGAAAUCGUCAGCAUUUUUCUUUUGGCUCCCUCCUUCGCAUCAUUGCCUCGCAUGAGGUUUUCUUCUGAGUGAUUGAAUCAUAUCGUAAACCGGUUUAAAAGGAUUGCCGUGAGUAAGCUGGAUGGUCUUCUGUUUGAGAAACUUGCAGUCUGGGAAAUUUACAAGUUUAUUGUGAGGUUUUCCAGAAUUUAUUUUUGCUUUCCGCGUGUAUUUCUUUUUGUGACCUCCAUAGACACGUUGCAUUUCAUAGCUGAGAAUUAAACUUUUUUUUUACUUGUUCCAGAA